CCUCACACAAACGGAGCGCAUCAGCUAAUACCUCCAAAAUGUUCUAACUAACAAAAAGAAAUUAAAAUCAUAAUUUUGCAUUAAAUUUUGAGAAAUUGUUAUCCUUAAUUUAAUUAGUAAACGCGGCGAAACAAGCUGAAGACUCAAAACUUUGACCGAACCAGAUUAUUCAAUACGCACGGACUGAUGACUGCUUCUUCCCAUAAAUCAUGGCCGCGGCCAAUUUCUUCUAGAAGUAAAAAUCAACCCAACUUCCGUCAUCAAUGACGAAGGUAAAGGCAGAAGACCCGUCAAUUGGUCUCCCUCUCUCAAGCUAUUCCUUCCAAGUCAAGUAAGAAAUCCAUUACAAAUCACCAUCGCCUUCGUAAUAAAACUAGGCAUUGAUAGUCCAGUGCGCGCAGCAGCAGCGGCAGCAGCAAUGGGGUCAACAACAGCAGCAAACGGAAACCUCCACAUGCUUUUCUUCCCAUACAUGGCGCAAGGCCACAUGCUCCCCAUGGUCGACAUAGCCAAAUUAUUCGCCGCUCGCGGCGUCUACGUCUCCAUCGUCACCACCCCCGCCAACGCCACUCUUAUCCGCCCAACCAUCCACCGCUCCAAUUUCCCCAUAACCCUCCAUCUCCUCACCUUCCCCUCCGCCGCCGUCGGCCUCCCCGAAGGCUGUGAGAAUCGCUCCUCUCUUCCCUCCGACUCCCACCGCAGCAGUUUCUACCGCGGCAUCGCCAUGCUCCGCCAACCGUUCGACGAUUUACUCAAACAAAUCCGGCCCGACUGUGUCGUGACGGACAUGUUCAUGCCGUGGACAUACCACGUUGCUACGGAUCGAGGGAUUCCCAGGUUAGUCUUCGACGGCACUGGCUUCCUCCCCCGCUGCGCCGAUGACGCCCUUCAGCGUCACCGCACGCUCGACAACCUGCCGCCGGAUGCAUCCUCUUUCACCCACCCCGGCCUUCCUCACCGUAUAGACAUGCUUCUGUCGCAAACCCAUGAGCACUCCAAGCGGCCGCCUGGGCUGGCUGCCUCCUUCGAUGCGAUCAAUAGCCAGAGGAAAGAGGUUGACCCCAAGAGCUACGGCGUGCUAGUGAACAGUUUUUACGAGCUGGAGCCGAAGUAUGUCGAGUACUACAGAAAAGUAGUUGGAAGGAAGGCAUGGCAUAUUGGCCCUGUGUCACUCUGCAACCAGGACGUGGCCGACAAGUCGUUGAGGGGUGGGGACCAUGAGAGCCUCGAUGGAGACAGAUGCUUGAAAUGGCUGGACGAGCAGAAACCAGGAUCGGUCGUGUACGUCUGCUUUGGGAGCGCGACUGUUUUUGCUGGUGAGCAGAUAAGGGAGAUAGCAAUGGGGCUGGAGGCGGCGGGUCAUUCUUUCAUAUUGGUGGCCGGGCGUAGCGCCAAGGAGGAGUGGUUCCCGGAAGGAUUUGAGGAGAGGAUUAAUGGUGAAGGGAAGGGGAUGUUGAUAAGAGGAUGGGCUCAGCAGCUAAUGAUACUGAACCACGCGGCGGUGGGGGGCUUUGUGACGCAUUGUGGGUGGAAUUCGUUGUUGGAAGGGAUAAGCGCCGGGCUGCCCAUGGUGACAUGGCCUCUGUUUGCGGAUCAGUUUUAUAAUGAGAAGCUUUUGGUGCAGGUGUUGGAGGUUGGGGUGGCGGUGGGUGAGAAGGGGGAUGGGGAGUGGGGAGGAGGCGGAUGGGAGGAGGCGGAGGGCGAGGUGAUGGGGAGUGGGGAGGAGGCGGAUGGGAGGAGGCGGAGGGCGAGAGAUUUGGGGGAGAAGGCGAGGAGGGCGGUUGAGAUGGACGGCUCGUCUUAUGAUAAUAUUGGUAAUUUGAUUAGGGAGUUGUUGGAAAGGAAGGCUAAGCUCAACGCAGCCUGAUCAGCGGAAUUUGGUUCAGCGGGUGAUUGAAUAAUUUCUUUAUGAUAUUCAUCCAAUUAAGUUAAAGGGCUUGCUUUUUUGCACUAUAUGAUUUAUAAGAAAAGAAAGGUGUUCUCUUACUGGGACGUGCAUUAUCCUUUUUGAGUUGCAAUGUUAAUAUUAAAAAUUCAAAUAAGUACUAAAUAUGAAAUAUUAAAGACUUCAAUAGCAUAUAU